CGGCAGCCAAUUUCCGUUUCCGCCUUCGUGUCCGGCGGCGGCGGGGCGAACCGAGCCGGGUAGGGCGCAGCGGUGCCGCGGCUGUCGGUCUGUGGGUCGGACCGCACCGCACCGCCGCCAUGGAGGCGCUGUACCGCCUGCCCUUCGCCGUGCUCGAGUGCCCCAACAUCAAGCUGAAGCGGCCGAGCUGGGUGCACAUGCCCUCGGCCAUGACGGUUUACGCGCUGGUUGUGGUGUCCUACUUCCUCAUCACCGGAGGGAUUAUCUAUGAUGUGAUUGUGGAACCUCCCAGCGUGGGGUCGAUGACAGAUGAACACGGGCAUCAGAGGCCGGUAGCUUUCUUGGCAUACAGAGUAAAUGGGCAGUAUAUUAUGGAAGGACUCGCGUCCAGCUUCCUCUUCACAAUGGGCGGCCUAGGAUUCAUAAUUCUAGAUCGAUCCAAUGCACCAAAUAUCCCCAAGCUAAAUAGGUUUCUUCUGCUCUUUAUUGGAUUUGUCAGUGUGCUUUUGAGCUUCUUCAUGGCCAGAGUUUUCAUGAGGAUGAAGUUACCGGGUUACUUGAUGGGUUAGUACCUCUUGUGAUACAUGAAGCAAGCUGGAUUUACUCCUCUUCAUGAAGCGUUUAAGAAGAAACAGCAAGAAACAAAUUCCAUUGCCACCACCAACAGGAAAGAGACCUGGCCAUGAGAAACAACCGGGGAAAGGGAACUUUCUCUGCACACAAACUCUCGCUAUCAAUGGCUGAUUUGUAGUUUUGAAACAAUGUUCUAUCAUUUCUGUUUUAGAGUUUUUGGAAAGAGCAAGUUACUUAGCUGGGCUUUUGUUUUAUAUCCCAACUCAGUAUGAAAUAGUGAACCUAUUUUCAGCUCUACCUGAAACAAGGAUUAGCCAUUGCCUUGACAGUUCUUUGUUGCAGGUCUGAUCCCUCUUCCCUGUGUGGGACAAUUAUAUGUGUGAAUUGGAGAAGAAACACCUGAAACAUUUCUUUCCAACUUAUAAUUAGAAAAUUAGUAACUUUGGAUGCUUUACAGUCAAAAUACAAUGUGUCUGAAAUUAUUUCAAAGGCACCUUUUGCCUUGAUAUUAAUGGCUCUAUGCGAGCAAAUCCAGCCGUGCACUGGGAAAGGCAAAAUGUAUGAAUGUUCAUUUCUUUUUGAGAAAGUGUAUGAAAGGAGCCAAAUAAAACUUAUUUUCUACAAGA